AUGAGUAGUAGAAAAAGCUAAUAUAAUUUUAUUCAGACUAAUGAUUCAAAACCAUCCAAUAACAUUUAUUAAUCAUAAUCGUCUGAACCAACUACUAGAAAUAAGAAAACAAAAAAGUUAGACCAGGUCGAGACUUAUAUUCAAAUUUUUGAGACAUAUCUGAAAUUGCUUAUCGGAUAAGAAAUAGGAUUGGAAGAAGAAGAGCGAUUAAAUGGCUAUUAAAAUUUUGAUUGCUCUGAUAAUAAUAAUACAUUAGAUUUAGAAUAACCAGAAGCAAUCAUUAGUCUUUAUAACCCUGAUUUUGUUUAGGAUGAUUAUGAAUUUUAACUUAAUCAAUUAGAAAUCUUUGAGUAAAUCAUAUAAUCAUUGUCAAUAGAUGAAUAAUCAAAUAAAGAAAAGCUAUUUUUAAAAGCAAUAGAAUAUGUGUUCCUAUAAUUAUUAGAUCAUAAAUCUUAUUCAGUCUAUGAUAUUCGAACUAGAAGACUUGAAACACAAACAAAUGAAUAAAGAAAUGCUCUUUACUAAUUAGGUUCAGCAUAGGAUUUGUUUCAUAACUCUGAACAAAGUCCUAAAUCUUCAUACUUAAUGGAAAACAAUUUCUAAAAUAAAUUUUAGACAUAAGAUUAUCAAAAGGAAGAGCAAAAUAACAUAAUAUAAAAAUUAGUGACAUAAUUUAGACAGUAAUUAAUGGGAAACAUUAUGGCUAAUUUAGGGAACAUUAAUAACAUUAGUGAAUAUUUUUAAGUGGAUUAUCAAAAGCUAUAAUAUAUACAAAAAAAAGCAUAUAGUUAAGGAGAAUAUCUUAGAUAAUCUGGUAAAUUUUGGCAUAGAACUCAAAAAGUAACAUCUGAUAUUUUGACAUUAAUCAGAAAUAUACUAAUUGUAUAAUUUACAAGAAGAGGAUUUUAAGUGCAAUAGAAAAUAUCAUAAGAUGGGGAAAAAAUAUUUCUGCUAUUGUAUAUGUCAGAGAAAAUGCUUGAAACAGCUGCUGAAAAUUGCUAAUUACCAAAAAAAAUCAGCUAUUGCUUUACUGAUUUACUAUCCCUAGAGCCUGUUGAUAGAUAAUAUCGUCCUUUAAGGUUAAAUGGAAGAUUAUGGAGACCUCAAGAUUAUCAAAUAUCUCCUUAUCUGAAAUAUUUGCGACCCUUAAUUACUGAACAAAUAUAAUAGAUUAAUUUUAAGAAGGUUGCAAGAGAAGUUGGGCAGACUGGAAUAAAUAUAGAAUUAUUUUAAUAUGGAAAAUCAGAUAUUCAUGGAGAUUAAGAUGGGCCAAGUGAUGAAGAAUGGACAGCAUAUUACAAAUAUCUAGUUCAUUUAAAUAAUCAUAUCAAUCUUUGCAGAAAAGAAUUUUAACUUAAAAGUGAUAUUGCUUUGAUAAUUGACAAAUAAAAAACAGUUGAACAACUUGUUGCUAUAAGAACUCAUUCAAAGCAUAAAAAUUUUGAUGAAUUUAAUGAAGAAGAAUAAAAACAUUAUCGAGAUUUAAAUGAAGAAGUAUAAUAACUCAUUAUUCAAUCAAAUAGUUUAGUAAUAUCAUCUAAAUUACCAUAAAUAAAAAAAAUAAAAUUAUACUUGCAGCAAUAAUUAGCCCAUAAUUAUUUAACAAUUUUUAAUGAAUCUUUAAAAGUAGCAAAUUGUACAAACCAUCAGUUAAAAACAGUUUGGGAGAGGUAUAAUAUAACACCAUUUGAUUUAUAUGUUCCAUUUUAAAUAAAUAAAAAGGACUCUUCAACUAAGAAUAUUGAAAGAUAUUAAUUAAGAUGGUGUAGAUAUAUCAAAAAUGAAAAAAAUCAUAUUACUUUAUUUCCAAGUAAUGAAAGAUUGAAAUUAGCAUAUUCAGUCCUCUAAUCAUGUGUUAGUUUGGAUACCCUAGUAAAAUUAAAACUAGUUAAUAAAAUUUUCUGCUUACAUGACUUCUAUGAAUUAUAUGGCUGGUGUAAAAAUAUUCAAAAUGCUGUAAGUGAACAGAAUAAAUUUUAUAAGAAGAGGACUUUUGAUUUAGUUAGUGAUUGGGAAUUUAAUUAUAAGGAACCAUGGGUAUUGCCAAAAGAAAGAAUUUGCUCUUACUUCGGAGAAAAAAUUGGAUUGUUUCUAGAAUUUACUACCCAUCAUAUCUUAUGCUAUUCUGUAUUAUCCAUUUUAGGAUUUCUAUUUACGAUUGCCAUGAUAACUUCAAAGGAAUUAGACAAAUAAACUUAUACAGCAAUUAUUUCAAUAUUCUCAUUAUUAGUUGUGUUAUGGAACUCAUUUGUAACUGAUUAUUGGAAGACAACUUAAAUCAAAUUCAAUAUAAGAUAAGGAUUUAAUAAAAGAGCAUAAGAGAAGUUAAUUCUUAUGUCAUUUAAAGGUUAAUACAUUCGUUCUGUUGAAAAUGAUGAAUUAAAUUCAUUAGGAUCAUCCCAAGCGUAAAUUAUCUCGAAACUUAUUAUCUCCAUUUUUAUUUUGAUUCUUUUGAUAGGUUCAGAUUUUGGGGUAAUAAUUGCAAAAUUUAAUGAGUUCAAUAAUAAAUUUUAUAACCUUGAAAUUAUAAUAUCCUCCUCAUUAAAUUUUGGAAUCCAGAAACUAAUUGAAUAAUAUUAUGAAUAAAUUGCCACAUUUUUGACAGAUUUUGAGAAUUUACAGAUUUCAAAUUAAUAUGAAACUAGCUACACAAUAAAAAAAUACACUUUAUAUAGUCUUUCAGGACUAUUUCCUUUAUUAGUGAUAUAAUUUCUGAAUUCUCCCUUUUAUUUGUAUUGUUGGGAAGAGAGUUGUAAGAAUGAAAUAUAAUAUUUUUUUGCAACAACCAUCUUCUGGAUAUUUACUUUACAAUUCAUAAAGUAUUUUAGGUUAUAUUUUAAAGUAAAAGAAUAAUUUCAUAUAAAUUAAUAAAUCUAAAAUACUGAUAGUUUGCUUUAACUAAUCUAGGACUAAAAUUCUAAAGUCCCAUUUUGGAGAUCUUCAGAAAAGGAUGGCAUCGUUGAUGAAUAUAUGGAAUUUUUCCUAUUCUCAACUCUUAUAAAUCUAUUUGGUUGUGUAUUUCCUCUUAGCGUAACAUUCUUUUGGAUAUGGAUGAUAUUAUAAGUAUAGAUUUUAAAACUUAGGUUAUGCUAUUAAUUAUAAAGACCUUGGCCUAAAAAUGAAGGUUCUUUAGGUGUAUGGGAUGACCUAAAUUAAUUAAUAAAUUUGGUUGCUAUCUUAAGUAAUUCAGGAAUUACUAGCAUAUAUUAUAAGAGUAGAUUGUUGGAUGAUAUAAUUCUAUUAUUUUUAUCUUUGCUUUUUUAUCACUUUUUAAUUAAAUGCAUAACAUUGGGUAUCUUUGGUAAUACCCCUAGAAUAAUGCAAUAAAUUAUUCAAAGAGGGAAAUAUAUUUACAAGAGCAACAUUCAAAUUUUAAUGAAUAAGAGUAGGAAAGAGAAAUAAGAUAAAGAAUAAUUAUAAAGAAGCCCGAUUUUUAAAAUAUUUGCUGCUAAGGAGAUUAAUUUCACUCAUAAUUUUGAAACCAUAAGUUCAGAUGAAGAUAUCUCAUAUUUCUAUUCUAAAAAUAUAGGAAGUAUAUCAAAAAGACUUGUGGCUGAAGAGGAGUAGUUAUAAUUGAAAUUAAUUGAAUUUCCCUAAAACAACGACUCUUAGAAGUAGUUGUUCACAUCUAAUACAGGUUUAAAAAUAUUUUAAGAAACUAUUGAUUGCUAGAGUGGAUCUGCACUAUUUUAAAAAAAGGAAGAAUAAAAAUCAGAUGCGCUAUUGAUGAAAAGAUAAUAAACUAAGUUAAAUGAAUGGGGAAAAAAAAUAAAAAAUGUUAAGACUUUAGAUUAUUAAUUUUUACGCGAUUAUUUUUCAAAAAGGAUAUGUACUUGGGCUUUCCAAGUCUCGUCCAUUAGAUAAGAUGAAAAGAAAUUAAUAUAGGAUAGGACAAAAAUUUGGAGAUUUUUAUUUCGGUUGAAUCUUUUAUCAAAUUAUACUAUGUUGUGGAGUGACUUUAGAAUUCAUUUGAGCCAAUCCUUUAUUCAAAGAAAGUUGAAAAUCCUACAUAAUUUAGACUACAAAAGAUAUAAAAUUUUAAAAUAAAGUUAUGAAACUUAAUUUGAAUUUUACACAGAUAAGGCAUAUAUUAAAUUUAAGUAAUAACUUAAAUAAUUUGGAACUGAACUAACAUAAGAUGAAAAAAAUGAAUAAGCUGCAAUCCUUUAAAAAAAAGCAAAUUUCAUAACUAAGAAAUCUUGGUUAAAUUGUCGGAAAGUUCAAAUUUUUCGUUAUAGAUGCCUAUUUUUUAAAGGAUUUCGUAAAUAAACUAUUAGGCAAUCAUCACUCUAAAUUGCAAUUUUGUAAUAUGAGGCUAAGAAAAAACUGAGUUCAGUUCAAUUUGAAUCAGAUAUUCAUAAAAAGUUUGGCGCUUUGGUCUAAUACUCAUCUAUCAAUUAAUAUACAUUAGAUAUGUUUAUUGAUUUAUUUGAUUAAUUAGAAUAUGAGCAAAAAUCAUCUUACAUAUUUCAAUCUACAAAUGGAAGAUUAAAUAAUAAAAUUUAUCACCUUUAAAGUCUAAAAUCAGAUAUCUAUAAAAAUAUAAUUGAUAAAUCUAAAGAUACCUAUAUAUUUGAACAAUAUAAUACAAAAUUGGAAGAAUAUUCAUUAUAAUAUUUUAUAGAUGAAAUUAAUCAGAUCCCAAAUAUUAAAAUUUAAAAGCAUAUUCAUGAUAUUUUAUGGUAAGUAUAAAUUGAUGAAAAAGAAUAUUUAAUGCAAUUUUUCCAAGUUCGACAUAGUUAAACUUUAUAAUUUUAAAAGUUUUACAAUGGUGGUCAUGGUAUAUUUUUAGGAUAAAGUAAGAAUUAUAUUAGAUUAUUAAAUAUUGUUGACUAAAUAGAUGAUUUCUUAAUAAAAGGAUAUUGUGUUUCCUUAUACUCUUGUUCAAAUUCUAAAAGCUUAUAUUAAGUAAUUUCUUUUAGAAGAAAGAACUCACUUUAUUACACUGUAGAAGAAUUAAUGUAGUUUUUGUAUUCAAAUUUAAUUUUAUUAUAAAAGCAUAAAAUAGCAAAUAUUUCUAUUUAUAAUUACAUUUUAGUUUAGAAUGAAUAUAUGGUGCUUAAUUCAGUUAAUUAGGAAACAAACCCUAUCUAGUAAUUAGUUUAAAUGAUAGCUGAAAUGAUAUUACUCAAACCUAUUGAAGAUUUAUAAAAUGCUAUAAAUACUAUGGAAAAUCCAUUGUAGUACUUGUUAUCAGAAAUAUUGCUAUAACAAAAAUCUCCUACCUAAAUAAUAGAGAUGAUUUCUGUUUAAUAACGUUUUGUGGAACUAGACUAUUACAGUUUGAUAGAAAAAGUAAUUAAUUUUGACCCAUAAUCUCUUCUUGACUAGAAAUAUAAGACUUAAACAAAAAAGGAAGUUACUUAUCAAUAAUAUAUGGAAUUAAUGAAACAUUAAAUAAAUUUUCAUUUUAGAAUUAAACAAUUUAAAACAGCAUUAAAUCUUAUAUAGGAGGUUGAGAAUUAUAUGAAAAUUAAUUUAUUUUAAAAUGACUCUAAUCUACUUCUCAGCUUUAUCAAUUAUUUUUCAAAGAAUCUGCAUUCUUACCUUUUAAAAUCAAAUGAAAUUAAGAAAAUUCUAGAUAUAUUAUUAAUAUAUUAUUUUAAGAUUUCUACCUUGUUUGCUUUAAGACAGGAGAUAGAUUUAGAGAAUUGUAAGUUGAUAGAGGCAUUAAAACGAUGUAUAAUUCAACUCAGAAUCAUAUUUCGAUAAUUAAACUUGAAUAUCAAAUUAGAAAAUCUAUCAGACAUAGAAUAAAGUAUCAUAUUAAAAAGAAAAAUAAAAUAAAACAACAAUUAGGCAUCAUCAAUAAGUUCUUUUGAUAGAUUAAAUUUAAUAAAUACUUUAAGAAAAAAUAAAGAUUAUAUUUAAAUAAUUAUUUAAUACUAAACCCAAAUAUAGAGAUACUUAAACUAAUUUUAAGUACUAAGGGCGAUUUAAACAUACUUUCAUUAAAAUUAUAAACUUGCUGAUAUUCAAUUCUAAGAAAUAAUCUAAAAUUAACAAACUAUAGUUUUUCCUGAACCAAGACCUUUAUUAUUAGACAUACCUUUAGAUUGCAGUACAGCUUUGAUAAACUUUGAAUAAACAUCUCCUUUAGAUGAUGAAAUAUUAGAGAAUUAUGGUUAGGAGUCUCUAAAUUAAUUACUAACCGAUGAGAAUUAGCUCUACUAUUCUUAACUACUCUAUUAUAAAUUUUUACAAUUAAUAAUUCAUUUUGAUUCAAAAAAUGAAUAGGAAUAAAAUCAUUAUAAAGAAUUCAUAGCAUUAGAGGGAGCAAACGAAGAUUUAUUUAAUUUUUAUAAAAAUUAAUUAAUUUUAUUGAGCAAGGAUAAACAAUCUUUAUUUACAACAUAUACGACAGAGAAUUGUGAGGUUGGAAAAUACUUAAAAAUUACAGAAAUGAAAUGGAAUGAAAUAAAUAGAAAAAAAUUAAUUAACUUAAUUGAAUCAGAGGAUGAUGAUUUUAUGAAAUUGUAAAUAAUUGCAAUUUCAAAUUUAAAUCCUACUUUAGAGAACAGAAGAAUAUUACUAGCUCAAUGUGACUAAGUUUAUAUAAACUCUUUUCAAAGACUUUGCUAAAUUAAAUCUAUUUAGUAAAUUUUACAUCUUGAUGACUUUUAACCAACGCCUCAUAAUAUUAAAUGUUAGCUCAGUAAAUAGAAUAUUCAUUUGAUGAAAUAAUUUUCAUUUAUUAAAUUAUUAUAGGACUUCCAUUCAUAAUUUUAACCUCAAAAUGAUUCUUGGUUUUUCCAUCAAAACCUGAAUGAGUUAUAGAUAUUCUACUAUCUUUCAAUCUGUUUUGCUUAUUCCCCAAAACUUAUUGAAAAUUUGAAUUAACAAAAAACUAAAUAGUUGGAAAAUGCAAUUAAUUAGAUAAAUUAAUUAUCAACAAAUCCAAAAUUUUACUGUUAAUCUUUAAAAUGCAUAUAAAUAAAUAAUUAAUAGAUCUAAGAACUUCAAAUUGAUAUUAGUUUAUCACAAUAUCAGUAAUAUUAAUUAUUCUGUCAAUUCCUUAAUUGUAGCAUCAUAUCUCAUUCAAACUUAAAAUAAUCAUAUAUGCAGAUAAGAGAGUAUCUUAACCGAGAUUUCGAAUGCUCAAUCAUAGUUUUGGCCUUGCUUCAUUCAUAUAUGUAUUUUUAGUAAUUUGAUAUGUUUGAUUUAAUUUACUAAUUCUCAUAAAGAUUACUUAAUUCCUAAGCAUUUAUAUUUCACAAAAUUCAUAGUGGCUUUGAUUAAGACCUUCAGAUUUUAGAGAAUGUAUAUAAAAAUAAAAGCAAUUGCCUACCACUCCCUUCAAAGUAUUUGUAUGAAUAUACUCCUAAUUUUUUAUAUUUUGAAGAUAUUAAGUUCAAUUGUUAAUAUUUGCUAUUUAAUCUAAUGAUUAAUUAAGAUUACCAUUUAAUUUCUGAAAUAUUGGUCGAAACUUUGAGCAUCCUAUAAAAUUAAACACAACUUAUUAGAUUGAUGCAUCUAUUUGAAUCCUUAUUAGAUGUUGUCAAUGCAAUGAUGGGAAAUAUUGAACCAAAAAAAUAAUAUAUAACAAGAUUAGGUGAAUAUAAGGAAACUACUCUUAUGUACGCUCUUCUCUCGCAACUAAAAUGUAGAUUCCAUCUUAAUUUAAUUGAUUACGAAAAUGCUUUAAAGUAUUCUAAUAAAACGUUAUCAUAUAUUGAUGCUUGUUUAAAGUAAUAAAGAACAAUUAUUUCAAUUGCCAACAAUGAAAUAGUUUAAGAAUAUCCUAUUAACACCACACUCUAAAAUUUUUAGUUCUAGGUAUAUGACUAACUAAUUAAUGAGAGUCAUGAUGUGGAUUAUAUUCACUUGUUUAAUAAGGAUUUUAUUAAUGAAGCAAUUUUAAACCAUAUAAGAAUCUUAAUUAAUAUUGAAAAAGAUUUACCAAAAUUUAAUUUGCUCUUCGAGUUAUAAUUGGAGUUAUAGAAUAAAAUUCAUAUAAAUUACUUGCAAAUGAUAUAUGCAACUUAUUUUUCUUUAUUAUUAAAUUAACAUAAUUAGAUUCAAAUUAAAUAAUGUGUUAUUGACCAUUCCAAAUAUAUAGAAAUAUUAAAAUUAAAAAUUGUCAAUGAGGAAAUGAGGUAAUCUGCAUACUAUGCACUAAAAUUUAAUAUGAUAUCAGAAAUUACAGAGAUUGAUUAAAAGUUAAAAAUUUUAGAUUUUCAACUGAAUAUUCUUCUUGGAACAAAAAAUGGAAUAAAUCAAAAGUUAAUGAAUACCUGGAUCAUGUAAUGCUGUCAAAAGGGAAUUGAUGGAUAUAUUAAACUCAGUUCAAAGGAUUAAAAACUUGUUCAUCCCUAUGUUUCUCUUAUGUACCUUAUUCAAUGUUAAGCUUUUUAAUUCUUAAAUUAAAUACACUAGGCUUAACGUUUAAUUGAAGAUACAGAAGCAUGUCUAAAAGAGUGGUUUGACCUAAGACAGCAUCCAUUAAAAGGAUUAUUUUUUUAUUAUUAAGGCGCUCACAACCGUUGGCUUUAUAAUUAAUAUUUAAUAUGUGUUUAGGAAAUUAUAAGUUUAUAGCAAUUUGAUAGAGUAGAAAUAAAAUUUUUGGUAUAAGGUUUAAUUAAUUAAGAAAAGCAACUUAUUAAAACAUUUGACUACUUUCACUCUAAUCUGAUAAAAUCUAUAAAAACUCAUUUAGCAAAUUUUAUCUAUCAAUCUGUUGGAAAACGUAACCAAAGGUAAAUCGUUUAAGGAGGCACAAAAUUAGAAUCAACCAAGAUUUUGAAUGAUGUUAUUUCAGCUAGCACCUUAGGGUCACUAGAUGGAGUUACUUAAUUCUUAGAUGCUUUGGCAAUAUUUAAUUACUUUGAAACAGAAAAUAAAUGUAUUGACCUUAUUCGUUUUGCGUUGAUAUCUCAAGACAAAUGA